AUGGAAACAAGGCACAAACUCAAAUUCGCACUUCUAGCUAUCUUAAUGUUACUACCCUCAACCAAAUCUUCAACAACGCCAAAUUCAAGAAUGUUGUACCAAAUCGCAUGCACAAUGUGCUCCACAUGUUGUGGCAGUACCCCAGUUCCAUCAUCACCACCACCACCCUCUCCACCACCACCAGCAGCCUCACCACCUCCUCAAGUCACCUCUCCCAACUGCCCACCACCACCAUCUCCACCAUCAUCAGGAGGGGGCUCUAACUACUACUCUCCACCACCACCUUCCACUUACACUUACUCUUCACCACCACCACCUUCCACUUACACUUACUCUUCACCACCACCAGCACAAGGUGGUGGUGGCAUUGGUGGGACAUACUAUCCACCACCAAAUUACAAGAACUAUCCUACACCCCCACCUCCUAACCCAAUUGUCCCUUACUUCCCGUUUUACUAUUAUAGCCCCCCACCUCCUCUCAAGUCUGCUUCUUUCAAGUUGGUGGCUCCUUACAGUAGUGUGGUUGUUGGGGUUGCUUUGCUGGAUGGCACGUAUUGUGAUGAUGGUAGGGCCAAGACAAGUAAGGCAAUGGCAUCCUAUGGAGUCUGGCAACGCAAUUCGUUUGCUAUAGAGAAUGUGAAAAUGGAGAUGAAGACG